UGUAGUACGACAAAAUCUGAGCAUUGUGUCAAAAGUUAUGUGUUUGAAAUUUUGAUCCUUGAGGUGUCCUUGAGCGCGCCUCUCCACUAGGAAAUACUGAAAUUGGUAGCAGUUGGUAGCACUGGGCCACUGGCUGCCUUGUUUGUUUGUUCUAGAACUGCGUCUGUAUUUUACGUUAAACUAUGAAGUAUUAAGGAAGUUUUUUAAUGGUUCAAAAGUGUUUUCUGUGAUGGGUUCGGAAAACUCACAGAUAAAGAAGAAACUCAAAGAAGAGUUCAGCGCUUCAAAGAGUCACUGAACAUGGAGGAGCAGAUGGAGAAUGGAAUUGGAGAGUUGAGAUCAAGGGUGAAUGAUUUACUGAGGGGUGAACAAAGACUUCGAGAUGAACUUUUGGAGAAGGAUAAAAUGCUUGAAGGGUUGAGGGCUGAUUGUACUGAUCGUGAUCGCAAUCAUACACUUCUCCAUAAAAUUCAACAACUUGAGAGGCAGCUGGAGAGUUAUGAGCGGACACGGGAAUCGUUGGAUGGCCGGCCGGGCGAGCGGAGUGAGGCUGCUGAUGGGGAGCUGAGUGUGCUACACAUGGAGGCUUUGGCUAAAUUCAAGAGAUCAACACCUCAUCUCGAAUUCCCUGCUCUCCACAAGGAACUGUUUUCAGUGGACAGCUGAGCAACGUGAGUAUACUGAAGAAAACAUCAAAGUAAAUUAAACUGCCAGUGCCAAGCGAAGCUUGUUCUGUUCAAAUUAUUGCGGUCACCUUAUUCAACUUUCUACCGAACAACUCC